ACUAGUGAGGGGGGCAGGUCAGCGUGGUGUAGGACGCGGCGUGCAACGAACGGUGCCAACUUGGCUUACAGUCGGGACAGAGCUCGCAGUGCACUGCGGGAAACCACGCGGAAGCGGAGGACGCAUGAGAGGCAAAAGAUCGAGAAAGUUGACCGAGCGGAAGGUCCGCGGAAGAACGUGACUCAGACGACGUCACAGCCAGCGAAGCACACCCAAACAUGUUCGCAGAGAGUGACACGUGGACAGGAGGGGCGUUGCAAUGCAGUAUAUGACACGUGGACUGUCCGGGGACUUGAUUAAGGGCGUGACACGUGGCAUCCUCUUUUCUUUUUUAUUCGGUUGUUCAGGCGACCAAGCUGUAUUGUUUCGUGCCCAAGCUCCCGGUCUGUGUGGAAUGUAUCUGCUCGGAUGAGCAUCGGCUUUGUGUGGGCCACAAGGGGGCAUGGUUUUUCAGCGGUUGCAGCACUUUGUUGUGGAAGAUGAUGGUCAAGCAGACAUUGGGUUAGCUGUUGGCUGGUUGCUAGCGGUGCUGUGCAAACAGAGCCGCGAGGGGUUAUGGUGUUUGAUGUCUAAGGGAACCCUGAGCCUGAGGAGCUGUGAUGAGUGGAGGGAGGGAAUGAGUGAGUCCUGUUGUGUUGAACAAGCCCCUUCUGGCAUAGAAGGGGAUCCAUCCAUUGCUGUUUGCAAAAGUUCUGUUGUGAGGAGUGCAAGAAGUUUGGAAGCAGUCAUUGCAAGAAACAGGCAUUUUUGGCAUGAGCAUAGAAGGGGAUCCAUCAUUUGUCGCUAACUGGAGCAGUAUUGCUGCGAGAAGCGGAAGCAACCUUGCUGAAGAGAGUGGUGGGGUGAGGGGUUCUUCAGGGGAGAGUGCCCACAGACUUUUUCCAGACCCUGACAUAAGUUAGUUUCUUUCUUUAUGAAUGGAAGAGUUGUCGUUUUUGUUCUUGGAGAUUGUAAAGGAGGUCUGCUUGGCACAGUGCAGGAAGUCUAUUUGUUGUGAGUGGAGUCUGUACAACAGGGAGUAGGAGUUCGUUCGGACUAGGGGAGGACUGUUGUCUCAGCGCGAGGGGAGCUGUGAAAUAAGGCAUGUUUGCUGGGAAGGCUUUGCUGCAUUUUGAAGACAAAUGGAGAGCUUGGCCAAUGAUCUUGAAAAGAGCAGAUUCAAUGUGACAAUUUCGUCACAGAUCCAUGAUCAUGUCUUGCAGGAGUCUUUUCCCGAUGAACAGAAGAAUCCAUGGAAGCUCACAAUCAGACUGAAAGAGUUCAAGCAAGAAUUGCCUCAUGUUACCGCUGAGCUCAACAGUGCCAUUGAGGCCAAACGGCGGCUGAUCAACAUGUUUGAGCAGAACUUUGCCGAUUUUUGUAGGAAUCUUGACAGCCUGCAAAAACAAGUGGGCUUCCCAGUUUCUUGUGAAAUCACUGAAAUGGAAGAUUGCUUGGAAGAUGUGAAAGAAGUCCUUGGUAGUGCUUGCUCGCAAGAAAGCUUUUGCAUUCCCUUGGUGGCACGGGCUUCAGACAAACCCACUGAGGAAUCAUCCUGAAGAUUCAAGAAGUCUUUUUUUUCCAAACAAUGUUGUUGUGACCGACCUUAACAGGAUCCCAUACUGGGUUGUCCUUGAUGAGGCAAGCUAAUGUUUGUGCUUGCUCUUGACUGGAGUGGAACUUUCAUGGCCCAGGACACCCGCAUCCGCUUACCUUUGUAUUCUGUCUUGGACGCUCUUUGACCAAUAAUGCCUCCUUUGGCCUUAACAUGUGAUGUAGGUAGUUGUCUGCCUUACUAUUUCUUUUUGCCUGAAAGUGUUGAAUGGCAUCAGGGGCUAGCUCACUGUGGACGACAGUCGAAUCUCUGAGUUUCAAAACUUAUAGCAGUGUAGUAGUGGCGGAUAGUCGACUCCAGACUGUGUUGUUACCUGAACGAGUUGAGGCGCGUCACACCCAAUGACUGUGGCCGAACAGGCCAGUGAUUCAAUGCAACUCCAAGCAUUGCAAUGUGAACGGGCUGCGCCCAAUGGUUUGUGUUUGUCACUGUCCGGGUCGGGUGUGCGGUUAUGCAGGUCAGGCGGGCAUGUAACACUUUGUGUAAGGUGAGGAAUACCGUUGUACUAUCUUGCACUGAUGUGGACUAUACGUUAGGAUGUCUCAAUAUGCGGUACUGUAUGGUACUGUCAGGUGCUAUGCUGGUGGAGUGUGUGUGUUUAGACAUUGUGCUAUGUGGUACCAUGUGCUGGUAUGUGGUACCACGGGAUACUAUUCUGGCUCAGUGUGGUACUAUCUUGCACUGAUGUGAAUUAUACGUUAGGAUGUCUCAACAUGCGGUACUGUAUGGUACUGUUAGGUGCUAUGCGGGUGGAGUGUGUGUGGUAAGACAUUGUGCUAUGCGGUACCAUGUGCUGGUAUGUGGUACCACGGGAUACUAUGCGGUACUAUGUGCCCCACACAUGUUCCUUUUUGUUUUUGACCUUGGAGUGUUCUCUUUUUUCUUUUUUUCCUUUUGCCUAUGUGGCCCAUUGUCUUCUUGGUAGAGGAAGAACCCAACGGAGGUGGUGGUGGUGGUGGUCUUCGCGGUAGAGGAAGAAGACGUGGGUGAAGACGACUAGGGUGAGCGGUGAGAGAGAGAUGGGGAUGAUGACGUGAGGGCACGUACCUGGUCUUGGCGAUGGGCUGCAUGGUCGACAUCUGCAUGUACUUUGGUUGCUGCUGCUGACAUCAACAAGUUGCUUGUCAUUUUGAUACUAGUAGAGUAGCUGUAUGAUAGUAGUCUGGGCGCUGAGCGCCAGUAGGAAGAAGAGCGACGAUUGCAAUGUUGGUGGCGGGGAUGCUUUCAUUGACAAUUGAGUUCGAUGCUUUGGUUCUCCUUCGGUGUAGUAUCAUGCAACUCUGCUUGGUGGACAACGUUUGACUAUCUGGCUUUCGAUGUGAUUUGCAAUCUGGAAUUCUGUCAUUUUGCUCAUUUUCCUUGCAAUUUCAUGUGGAAAAAGGAAGGUUGUAUCUUGCAAUAAAAACGAUGAGGAUUA